GAAAUGAUCCUUGUGUAACAGGUGGGACCGCGGGAACCAGGAAGUGUUAAUUGUUGGCAUUAUAAAUAUCGGCACCAUAAGGGUGCAAGAGAACCAGGUAGUCGAUGUGCAGCUGUGUUUUGGUGUUCCUGUGUUCCCGUGGUUCCCCCUGUGACGAGAUCCCAAAGAGAGCCAUGCUAUCCCUGAAUCUGAAGAACAGGAGGGACCAAAAAUAGAAGCAGUUUACACACAAGAGGGGUCCUUUGAUCAGGAGUGGUGUGCAAGUCUAAUGCAGGUUACAGAGCUGGCAUGUGUUAAAGAUGAAGAGGUCCCUCAACAGGAAUGUGUCCCCAUCGCAGAGGAACUUCCCCAUGAAAAUCAUGUCUGUACACUUGAGGAGAACAACAAGCUGGGAUCCAACCUGUGUGAUGACUCUCCAUCUGAAUGUGAACUGGGAUUCAGAGCUUCUAAAGUAGAUGAAGGAGAACACGACUCCACUCCAUCACCCCAGUGCAAAAACUCUUCUAGAGGCAAACCACAGAGCAAGAAACACAGAGAAACGACACCCCAAGAAGAAAAUGUGAAGACAUUGAGAACUCACUCAGUUACAAUCCCUUCUUUACAAGACAGACACCCACUUACUGUAGAGAGUACAGAGACGGCACAUUCUGUAUGUUUUAACAAUUCUGAAACCCAGGGCAACUUGAAGACCUUGCCUCAUUCUAUGAAAGGUGGGAAGAGUUCCUGUCAAUUAGACACUCCUGAAACUCACAGGAGGGACUAUGUUUUCCUGGGCUGAUUGUGGGAAGAGUUUCAAUCAUAUAUCACUGCUUAAAAGACACCAGCGCAUUCACACAGGAGAGAAACCUUCCCACAUACAGACCAGUGAUAAGAGUUUCACACAGUUAGGAAAUCUGCAUUCACACCAGUGCAUUCACAUAAGAGAGAAACCUUAUCACUGUACUGAGUGUGGGAAGAGAUUAAGUAAUUUAGGAAACCUUAAAAUCCACCAGCGCAUUCACACAGGAGAGAAACCUUAUCACUGUGCUGUUUGUGGGAAGAGAUUCAACCAGUUAGGACACCUUAAAAGACACCAUAACAUUCACAUAGGUGUGUAAUCCUAUCUUACAGGACUAGAGAACAUUCUCAGAAAAGCAGACACUUGGGGACAACUAAACAACACGAGCGCAUUUGACUAAAUACAGAAAUAUUAACUGAAAACAGAAGUCGCUUGAUAAAUCUGGUCACCCCUAAUCACAAUUUGUUCAGAUAAAAAACUCACCAAAAUCUGUGUUCAUCAUGUUGAGCAUUCUGAUUGUGUUACAUCACAUUAGUAAUAUAUUAAAUAGAUUGUUAUUAGGAGUGCAAGUUUCUCUUUUUCCUCCUGCAUUGCUCAGCCUCUUGCAGUGUGUUGUGUGGAAUCUUCCCUGAUACCAUGGUGAAUCUGCGGUACCUCAAGACUCAGCACAGUAUACCACAGUUAUCAUGCGGGCAGCUUGAAGCGGAAAAUCAAUACUGUUUCCAGCAGGGUGCACCAGAGAGCUUUUAGCACGUUAAUGGGUUGCAUACCAUUGCUUCUUAACAAGGUGAUUUCUGCUCCUGAUGUGUUGAAUACUCCCCUCUCUCUCUAGUACUGGUCUCUCUGCUGUGCUUGAAAGAGUGACUACAGUUAACUUCAACUUUUUAAAACCUGUAGUCUCCUCUAAUCUUUUUUUUUUGUUCCAGACUAAAUAGAUUUAGUUCCCUCAACUGUUCUCUCAACAUAUUUAGGGUUGGUUGAGUUUACAAGGAAAACAACUGACUCUGGAGAGGAGUUACCAAUCAAUGCCAGCACACUGGAGAUCCAGAAUUCAGAACACAGAACCAGGGAGGACAUUCGGCCCAUCAGUGCAGCAGCUGAUUGAUCUCGAAACUGUUAAGUCGGGUCUUAAAGGAUCCCAGCCCUAACAACAUGACUUGGUAACCCAUUCCAUCCCCGCACCACACUGUGUGAGAAGGUGUCUCCUACCCUCUGUCCUAUGGCUAUCCACACUUAAUUUCCAGCAGUGUCCUCUGGCCCUGGUGUCAGUGCUAUGCCUGAGGUAUUAGUUUGGGUUAACUUUAAGCCCUGGGAUUAGUCUUCACCUUUAUGAUUGCUUCCCCGUUGCUGGUAGAAAUGAGUCUAUCACAACACCAAGGUCUUUCUCUCACACCCACUGGGUAUUUCAAUCCUACUUUUUUCCUACUAAAAAGAGACUUAGUAAUACAAUUGUGAAAUGUUUCAAUAAGAAACAUGCACUCCACACCGUACAGCAGCUGACUGAUUUGCUAAUGAAAGAAGCAGCUCAACCACAACACCUGGUAUAAUGAACAUGUUUGUGAGCCGAGUGUUUGCAGUACUGUACUGUAGAUAUGAAAUCCCAGAGAAUGCUUCAUUUUGCAUGACUGAUAACUAAUCAUUCUAUUGCCUUUAAUACUGUAUAUGGGGCCCCCUGUCUGCACGCUGCUGACCCCAGCAUUGAUCCUGCACUGUGUUAAGAGAACAAUGGAGAUCACUGACACUGUGUCAAUAGAUUUGGAUCAUAGGGUAUAGAGGAAAUAGUUUUCAAGUGAAGUAUGGAAAUUUGGAAGAGGAGGGCAUCACACAGUAUCACAGUGUAGAGAAUGAAAGGGUCCUUAAUGAGGGUUCAGUGGUGAAGGAGUGCAUUUGCCUGGGAGAAGGUAUAAAACAGAGCAGGGUGGAGGGACCAGAGCAGCUGAAGAGUGGAAAAGCAGCAUCAGCACCUUGUCAAGAUGAAAGCCUGGACUACAAGAGCCAUUCUCCUCUCGGUCCUGACAGCAUGGCUUCUGUCAGGGGCUGAUGCAAGGAGCCUCCUUGAGGAGUCUGAAGAGCUGGGAGAUGAUGAUUACCAGGCCAGCAAGAGAGAACUGGAUCUCAGCAACACUGUGGAAGACUCAGAGGAGCAGGAAGGAGCACUGGAGAACAAGAGAGCGCUGGAUGCAGAGGAUUCAGGCGACAGUGAUGCUGAACUGGACAGUGAUGGACUCAAAGGAGAGCGGGAGUUGGGAGACAAUAUGAUGGAGAAAAGAGCUGACAUGGUCCUGACACAGUCCAUGGUAGUGAAGAAGGAUGCCCUGUCCAAAAGAUACUACAGAAGUAAGUGUGUGUCUCUCUGGAGCUGGCUCCUGGUUUGGGUGAACUGCAUGGAUUGUAGACUGCAGGUCAAUUGAUUGAAGACAUUGAGAAACACUUCAGCAUUACAACAUAUUCUACCAUGGAGUGGUUUCAUAGUUCUGGACAGACUGGAGGAAACACUUUGAAAUGUGCCCCUUGGUGACUUCAUUAAGCCUGUAACAGCUAUCAAAAUCAAAUGGUAUCCUCAGAGGAACAGAAAACAUUCCAGUAAAUGGAACACAAACAUGAAUAUAAAGUGAACUAUUAAAUACAAUAACCACUGUUUCUGUUUUUCUUUCUCUUUGGAACAGCUUUCUGUUGUAAGUAUUUUAUUUAAUUAUGGUACAUUAAUAUGUAGAAAUGAAUUGUAUAUAUUGUUUUAAAUUGUAUUUAAUGGUGUGUGUUUGUUUCAUUUCCAGAUUAUAGCAUCUGUGCUCGUGGUAAGUGUGAAUCUGAUAUUUUAAUAAAAAUGUGACUGCACACUACAAUACAAUACACAUGUACUGUGCGCUUCAUAAGAAAUGAAUACAUGUUAACAAUGGGGCCUCCUACAGCUGAUGUUGAGAAUAUGGAAUGGGGUAUUAUUGUAUAAUAGUAUGAAUGAGCUGCUCUUAAUAAGAAAUGACAUCUUCAUUUUAUACAUACUCGCAUAGUGAGGUGUUCUGUAUCCUGUGGGAGGGGAUAUAAAGAAGGAGCCCUGGCUUUGGAUUUUGCCAAUAAUAGAAAUGUACAAAUAGAGAGACACUCCUUUGAAAUAUAUAGCUCUCUAAUACACUACUGAGGCCCCAUCCUUGUAUAAAGCAGCCACUGCAGUGACUUCAAAUGGACUGAACUCAAUAUAUCACUUUUAUCUUUCACAGUAAGGUACAGAUGCUACUAUGCUCAUCACUAUCACUACUAUUUCUACUACCAUCAUGGGUACCACUGCGCUCGCUACUGGCGUCCCUACCGCUGCAGGCGAUGCCAGCACUACUGAGAAGCAGCAGCGCCCAAGGAUCACAGUGCUGGAGUUUACCUGACAGCAGACCUGCAAGCAAAGCUUAAACACACCAGCAACCUUAUUUUGUAGCAUGGCUGUAACCUUUCUGUUGUGGUCCCUCUCCCCACACACAGCUACAGCACCCAUACUUAUUUCUAUCAUGCCAUUCCCAGUUUGUUUAAAACAGCUGCUCCCUGUUGUGCAUUUGGUCAAUCUCUUCAAGCAUAUAUAAUAGAGACAACAUUAUUUUUCUAUUGGGUGAUUCCCUGCCUCUGGUGAAGCAGGUCUUUACAUUGUAUGGAAAGGUGUCCUUAUUUAACAUGUAGUCUCAGAUUCUCAGUGAGAUCACAUGCUCACACAUGUUUGAAUAGAAGCACAGCUGCACAUGGGCACAUAUACAAAGCGUUACUUGGAGAGUGUGCUUGAUUGAUUUGCCCCAGCUCAUAAUCACUGCACCGAGUCAGGUUUGACCAGUAGACUCCGUUCUUCUCCCAUCUCCUCACAGCCACCCUGUGAUGUCACAAGUGUCCUGUGACAGACCUUGUUCACAGACUGACAAAAACAUUGUGUUCAUAUAGAGAUUUUCUUCAUCUCUCAAUUAUUUUAAAAUCUCUUUAUUUGCAUUCAUGACAACAAAUGCUCAAACUGUUGACCAGUAUAAAUGCUGUCUGCUGUUACAUGAAACUGGGAAAAAGCCUCUCUCUUUCUGUAAAGCUUUUUCACCAAUAAAACUAUUAG